CGCAGAAAUUAGGGCGAAAUUGUUUAUUCUCAAACCCUAAUUUCCAUUUUCUUUUUUAGCUUUUGAAAUGUUUUUUUUCUUUUGAGAGUUUGGAUUUGGCGCGCAGGUGAGAAGAAUCGAGAGCUCUUUGAGUUUGAUUUUCCCGCCUUCUGUUCUUGUUUGAUCCAUCAUUUCGAUUCUGUGUAAAGAAAUCUCCUCGCCGGCGCUUCAUCGGAUCCUUAUUUUUGUAAGGAACGGUUCAUUAGGGUUUUGGGUUCUUCUUUUCAUGGCGUCUGCUGUUUUAGCCAAUCACGAACCUAGUUGGCCAACGAGCGAACGCAACGGCAGUGGCGGAGGAGUUGGAGGAGGAGCGUUUAUGGCGAGAGUUCCGUUCUCAAACCCUAAAUCUAAACCUAAUAUGAAAAAGAGGAAAACUAAUGGUGAAAUUAACAACUUUCAUCAGAUGGGUGAAGAAAUGGGCAACGUAACAACUCUAUCUCCUUCAGAUAAUGGAUCUUCCAUCGAUCGUUACCAUGGAUCUUCGAACUUACAGUACAACCAAUAUGUGAGUUUCAAUAUAACUUCGUGUUCUGGGAGGGAUUUGUUUGAGCUGAGGAAACGGUUGUUGGGGGAGCUUGAACAAGUUAGACGAAUCAAGAAUCGUAUUGAAUCUGGGGACAUUGGUAUUGGACCUAAUUAUUUCAAGAAAUCUUCCAAGAUCAAGGGAUUGAACAAGCGGCCGAAGGUGCCACCUAGUUUUGGCAGAAAUUUGCAGGUUCCGAAUUCGUUUGAAGGUGGGAAUCUGAUGAAGACUUGCGCUCAAAUCUUGAACAAAUUGAUGAAGCAGAAAUAUGGGCUGAUCUUCAACAAGCCGGUGGAUGUGGUUGGGUUGGGUCUUCACGACUAUUAUGAUAUUAUUAAGCAUCCUAUGGAUUUAGGGACUGUGAAAUCUAAACUGGCUAAGAAUUUAUAUGGCUCGCCUUUGGAUUUUGCUGAUGAUGUUAGGCUAACAUUUAACAAUGCAAUGAUGUACAAUCCCAAGGGUCAUGAAGUUCAUGUAUUGGCUGAACAGUGGUUAGUGAAAUUUGAGGAAAUGUUUCUUCCUGUUAGUAAGAAGUUGGGUGCACUGAAGCAGCCAGAUCCAUAUGAAGAGGAAUUGCAAGCCAGUUCUUGGAAUCAUGUUGAGGUGGAGAAGGUGAAUUUCAACUCAAAUGGGAACAAAUCAGAAGAAGUAAGAGUACCAUUGAGCUCAUCAAAGCCUCCUUCGGUUCAAUCACCAGUGAGAACCCCAUCGCCAGUGAGGGUACCACAAGUGAAGCCAGUAAGGCAGCCAAAGCCAAAGGCUAAGGAUCCCAACAAAAGGGAUAUGAGUUUAGAGGAGAAACACAGAUUGGGAAUUGGAUUGCAGGGCUUGCCUCCUGAAAAGAUGGAUCAGGUGGUACAGAUUGUGAAGAAGAGAAGUGGACAUUUGAGACAGGAUGGGGAUGAGAUUGAGCUGGACAUUGAAGCAGUCGAUACCGAGACCCUUUGGGAACUGGACCGGCUGGUGACGAAUUGGAAGAAAAUGAUGAGCAAAGUCAAACGGCAAGCUCUCGUCAAUGACAAUGCAAAUGCAGAUUUGAAUAAAGAGAAUAAUGAGAUAUCAUCUGCAAAUGAGAUGAAUGAGGUUAAAACAGAGGCGAAGAAGCUUAGAAAAGGGGAUGUGGCUGAAGAAGAUGUGGACAUUGGGGAUGAGGUGGUACCAAUGGGUGGUUUCCCUCCUGUUGAAAUUGAAAGAGAUGCAGUUGCUCAUGCUAGUAGUAGUUCUGAUAGCUCUAGUAGUUCAGGGAGUGAUGAUUCUUCCUCUUCAAGUGGUUCUGAUUCAGAAGGUAGCUCCUCCGAUAGUGAUUCAGAUGGUGAUGGUCAAUCAUAGGGGCCCAUUUCUGCAAGGAUAUAGUAACAGCUUUCUGAACUCGCAGUCCACUCAAUCACAUCAGUAUCAAGAUUCUGAGGUAUGGUGAAUAAAAAAACCAGCUUCUUCAUCAUUAUUGUUGUUACUGUCAGUAUUCUUCAUCAUGGCUGGAAAAAAUAGGGGGGAACAGAUUUCCAGGCUCUUAUAUUGUUCAGUGUUGUGAAUUUCAGAUGUGAAAUGUGAAGUUUAAGUUGGGGCUACUGAUGUAAGGAACGAACAGGAUUUUGGAACUUUUUGACCUUUGCACUUCUGCUGGCCAUUGCUUUAUAUCAGAAAGGAAUUGAGAGAAAUUGUAGAUGGCACGAGUUUAGAAUGGAGAUAGAUUCAAGUUUUUCUUUUUUCUUUUGAUUUUUUUAUUUCUUAAAAGGUUGUUUCCUAGAAUGUACAUAAUCAAAUUGUUAAUUUCCCAGAUCGUAUAUAUUUCCCCCUUUUUUUUGUGAAUUGAAAUUUGUUGUGUAUACAAAAAGGAAGAAACACAAGAUCUUGUUUCUCGAGUAUAAUUCAGUUCCAAUAUUUGAACUGCUUUUUCUUUU